AUGCCUCCGAGGCUGAUCAAGAUUGAUCUACCUUUCUCGAAGCCCCCUGUUUGUACAGAGAUAGUCAUCGAUAUGGGUCUUCUUCAGGCUGUAGCGGCAGAAGCUAUGCACUUGUAUGCGUUCCGGUACAUCACGUUGGCUGGUACUAGCGUGCUUGUUUAUGAUACACUACUAACUUUUCCGGAAGAGCUACGCUUCGUUUGGCACCCCCUGGUUUACAAUCGUCAGAAAGGUGCCACAUGGAAGUCAAAUGUAUCAAGGGUUCUCUAUCUUCUGAACAGAUACUUUAUGAUUACCAUUGCAAUCAUGCUCUUGAUUUGUCUGAUACCGACCGGAACAAUGACUAAUUUAUGGCUUGGAACGUGUCUGCUUCUGAGCUCCUUCAUCAUCAACUGUACUCUCGUUGCCACAUUCACAUUUGCAGAUACUGUGAAGAUUGCAGGCACGAGGAAUUUCAUGGCAUGUGUUAUAACAGAGAUGCCAAUUUUAUUUCUUGGUUCCUGGAUCCCUUGUGCUCUAUUUGAUACAGUUGCUUUUAUUCUUUUGCUAUUGAAUGCUUUAUCCCGCCCACGCCAGGCGGACGCACACCUCAUGAAAGUUUUAUAUAUCGACGGUAUCAUAUUCUUCCUCAUUAAUUUCACUACGGCUCCAGAUGUACGCAAUUGA